CUGAGAAAUAUUUUUUCAGUACUAGAUGUAGAUAGGUACCAUGAAGGCAAAAUUUAGUCUACUGGAUUGGUUACAUACUCGAUUUGGAUCGUUUCGGAUUGUUUUUUUGUUUUGGGUAUUUAUUUUGUUGAGUACUUACUUCAGCUGUACUACCAGAACUAAGCAGAUUUUUAGACAACCGAUGAAUUUAUCGUUCUGUACCUAAAAGAAGUGAAUCUUCAAUCUUAGCAACGACAAGAAAGAUGUCCGGUUUGCCUACGCUGUUUGCCUUUGCUCAGCCAAAUGCGGGGGAUGGGUCACCUGCAGCAAAGCGGCUGAAGACGAAUGAGGAGCAAUCUUCGAAAAGUAGUACGUCGAUGCCCUCGCAUCGGCACUCGCAGGGAGGACACGGGAAUGGACACGGGUCAGGGGUGAACAUGAUGCAGCAAGACAAUUUGUCCUCGGACCUGAAGAAUAGAAUCAGUAAUGCGCCAAAUAGUAAUCCCAAUGAUCCGAUGAAGAUGGGACUGGGAGGAGGGCUAGGUGGCGCAACAGGGUCGAGAUUAACCACAGCAUCUACUACAACUGCUGCUGCUGCUCCAUCGAAAUCGAAGAACCAAAAGCAGUGGACGGAAAAGUACCGUCCGAAAUCACUAGACGCUAUUGCGGCUCAGAAGAAGGCUGUAGAACUCUUGAAAGCCUGCUGUCGAGACCAGGAAUUUCCUAGUUUUUUGUUUCACGGACCUCCUGGCGUGGGCAAGACGACAGCGGCACUGGCUUUCUGCCACGAACUGUUCGGGAGUGACAUGGAACGACGUGUUCUGGAACUCAACGCGUCAGACGAACGCGGAAUCGAUGCCGUGAGAAGCAGAGUCAAGACCUUCUCGCAACUCAGUGUAGGCGGACAAAGCAAACACUCGAAACUGCAAAUCAAGGUACUAGGAAUUAUUUUUUUGUUUCAAUUUGCUUGGAGGGCCAGGGUGCAUUCUCUAGGAUCGAAGAUUUGACGUCUCUCUCUUCAAGAAAGAUUCAUCUCGAGUAAAAAUUGUUCUAUUUCUUCUAAUAUUCUGAGCAACCACUUUUUUAUUGAACAAGACCCUCAUCCUCUCACGACGCCAGGUAAUUAUUUUGGACGAGGCAGAUCAGAUGACGAGGGAGGCGCAGAGCGCUUUGCGCCGUAUUAUGGAACAGCAUGUGCGAACAACGCGUUUUAUCAUUCUGUGCAACUAUGUGAGUCGAAUUAUCGAUCCGAUUCAUAGUCGUUGUAUGAAAUUCGAGUUCACUCCGCUGCCCGACGGCGAUCACCGCACCCAUCUUCAAGGCAUUUGCACAGCGGAGAAAAUCUUAUGAAGAAAGCAUUGAUAUCUGGCAUUUCAGCUUGGUGUUUGUACUUUGGGCAAGAUGCUUCUUGAGACAACUCUUCCUCGACGAUAAUCAUUCAUAAGUAAUGUGGUAGUUCUUGUUGGAAGAAGCCGCAGUUUCUCCUGUGACUGAGAACGUGACUAUGAGAAAGGGUUUGCUGCAUUUUUCCGUUGUUGGUAGUAGUUGUUAGUGGGUGUACAACCCAGGUCCUUCUUGACCAUAAGGUGAGGGGAUAAGGAGUUACUUCACAGCCCACUUCCUACUGUUUUCCUUCAUUUGCCGCUUUGGCUCCACUGGACUUGGACGUUUUGCUCUUCCUUGCUGGCGGCGAUUUGCGUAAGAGCACUACAUUAUUGCAGAUGGCGCACAGCGUGUUCGUGAGACCCAAGGUCGUUCUUGCAGAACAAGAGGGCCGUGGAGACCAGAUAGCGAAGCAAGCGCACGCCCUCACAUUAAGGCUUGAUAUAUAAGUAAUUCAUUUCUCCAAUGUCUGCUUCUUAGUUUUUUUCUAGGAUUCUUAGGGAAAAUGAAUCUGGGAAAGUGAACUUUCUAGGAUUUCUCUAGAAUCUGGGAAAAUGAACCAAAGAAGUGAAAGCACUUAGUCAGUAGUGGUCCCUUCUUUACUCCUGGAGUGGGUACAUUCAUUCAUUCAUUCAUUCAUAAAAUAUUUUAAGCUGCUCUAAUCACGGGUGACAAUUUCUAUCAUCUUUACCAACGCGUGCCAGCGGAAACGCUGGGAGGCCUGAUGCAGCUCUGCAUGGAGCGGGAUAACCUCCCAGAACAACGAUUGUGUCAGUACAUCACGAAAAAUUUAGUACAAGGGGGCCACUCGUUUGCGAAAGUGUUGGACGACCUGUUUGACUUCAUCCGACAACGUGGACCUUACGCCAAUGUGGCUGCCGGAAACGGUGCAGCCGCGUCCGUGACCAGUCGUAUACCGCCAAUGAAAGUAGCGUACAUCAGCAGACUUAUUGCCGAUGCAAACGAAGCCGUAAGUCUCUGGCGGGGUUCGGAAGUCGUGCAAAUGAGACACCUGUUUCUCCAGGUUCGCCAAACACUCACAACUCCAGUGCACAUGGAGGUGCCACCGCCACUGCCGGAGGCGCAAGUGGCACAAGCGCUCAAGCGCUAAAGAGAAAGCCUAGGAAGAUCAUGAUUGGCUGGAUCAUAGAGAUUUACUUGUAGUUACGCAAAAAUCUUGCCAGGAAGAGCAGCAAUGCACAUAUAGAUUAUGUGUUGUUUGGCGCUCAUUUUUUCGGGUUCUGGUACGUUGAAAGCUACUUGUGUGGCUCUCUUCGGCAUUGACGAACCCCAGAAGAUUUUUGUAUAACUUGUGAAUAUAUUCCUCUCUUGUAAAAAAAGAUGAUGAAGUAUCCCGUUCCCACAUAAGAUUCCCGCUAACACAUGGUUAAACUGAGUCCCAAGUCUGAAUUUUCAUCUUCUGCUCCUAUUACUUCUACAAUAGAAGACUUCAAGUUCAACUUCUACAGCAGACCUCGAAUGUCUUCCUUGCAAACAGAC